GAUUAUUAUGGGAUGUCUGGCCCCCUUUGUGUGCUCGUGAGGAUGUUAGCUAAGCUUCGAAGCUGGGGGAGAGGACAGUGGACCGUGUUUUCGCUUUUCGGCUUCAUUAAUGGACUUUAAAUAGAGAAACCUGCUGAGUUGCGGUCGUACGGACGGAAGAGAAAGCUCACUUUGACCUGGGACCACACACACGCGUCACAGCAAGUUUCCAAGGUGUCAAGUGCCAACCCCCCGUUAACCGCCUCCUCCCUUCCCUUUGGACAGUCCACCCACCUCGGUCCACUCUAGCAAGUCCCACGUCAUUUUUUUCCCUCCUCCCUCGUCGAGCGACCGAGGAGCGAGAGCUUUAGGAGGGAUUAAUUCGAGCGAGGAGGUGGGGGGGCCACUGGAGACAUGUCAGGCAGCGACGAUGACAGGGACGACUUCGGGGCCGCCGAAGAGCACUCGUUACUCCACGACGAGGCCGAGGACGUCAUGUCCGAGGUGGACGAGGUGCCCAAGUCCAAGAAGAAAAAGAAGGCCAAGAAGAGCAACCGGGAGAGCAAAAGCAACAAGAGGCAGAGGGUCGUUAGAGAGGAGUUACCCCUCAGUUCCCCCGAGCACCUAAUCGGAGCAGAGUCAGCGGAGAGGGACCUAGAUGAGGGAGGCCUACGCUCGGAAAGCGACGGAAGCGAUUAUGCUCCGGGUAGGAAAAAGAAAAAACGCUCCAGUUCUACCAAAGAAAAGAAAAAAGGUAGCUCUGCUGCAGAAAAAGGCAGCUCCAAGAGCAAGCGCAAAGAUCCUGAACCAGAUGACGACGACGAUGAUGACGACGACGAUGACUGCCAGCCGAAAAGCUCCUCCCAGAUGCUGGAAGCAUGGGGCAUGAAAGAUAUCGACCACGUCUUUACUCAGGAAGACUACAACUCACUCACUAACUACAAGGCCUUCAGUCAAUUUGUCAGGCCCCUGAUUGCAGCCAAGAACCCCAAAAUUGCGGUGUCUAAGAUGAUGACUUUAAUGAUGGCCAAGUGGAGAGAGUUCAGCACAAACAACCCUCAUAAGGGCUCUGCGACUGCCAAUGCAGCCCUUGCAGCCGCCAACGUGGCUGCAGCUGUGGAGAACAUGGUGGUGGCCGGAACUGACGGAGGUACCAAUGGAGGUACCGUUCCUGCCAGUACUCAGCCUCCAGCUGCUACGCCGGCACCUCCGCCGCCACCUCUCCGGAAGGCUAAGACCAAAGAGGGCAAAGGCCCUAAUGCACGUAAAAAGUCCAAGCCUAAAGUUCCACCAAAACCCAAACCCAAGAAGGUGGCUCCACUCAAGAUCAAACUCGGAGGACUGAAUAGCAAGAGGAAGCGCUCUUCCAGCGACGAGGAAGAACAAGACGUGGACAGCGACUUUGACGAGAGCAACUUCUCCGUGUCCGAGGGCUCCAACCGCAGCAGCCGCAACAAGAAAAAGUCCAAGAGUGCGAAGAAAAAGAAGAAAGUGGAGACAGAGGAUGGGGACGGCUACGAAACGGACCACCAGGACUACUGCGAAGUGUGCCAGCAAGGAGGAGAGAUCAUUUUGUGCGACACUUGUCCUAGAGCUUACCACAUGGUCUGUUUGGACCCUGACAUGGAGAAGGCACCUGAGGGCAAGUGGAGCUGUCCACAUUGUGAGAAGGAAGGCAUCCAGUGGGAAGCCAAGGAAGACCUCUCAGACGCAGAAGUGGAUGACGAGGACGACCGUCAGGACGACGGCGCCGAUGAAGAGGACGACCACCACAUCGAGUACUGCAGAGUGUGCAAAGAUGGAGGGGAGCUUCUUUGCUGCGACACUUGCCCCUCAUCCUACCACAUCCACUGUCUCAACCCGCCUCUCCCGGAAAUUCCCAACGGCGAGUGGAUCUGCCCACGUUGCAAGUGUCCUCCAAUGAAGGGCAAAGUCCAGAAGGUUUUAACAUGGCGUUGGGGAGAGCUGCCAGCCCCCACGCCUGUCCCCAGGCCUGCUGACUUGCCUGCUGAUGCUCCUGAUCCUCCACCCUUGGUUGGCCGAAGAGAGAGGGAGUUCUUUGUAAAAUGGUGCAAUAUGUCCUAUUGGCACUGCUCCUGGGUGCUGGAACUACAGUUGGAGUUGAACUGCCAGGUGAUGUUCCGCAACUAUCAGAGGAAGACCGACAUGGACGAGCCGCCGCCCGUGGACUUUGGUGGUGAGGGUGACGACGACAAAAGCACCAAAAGGAAGAACAAGGAUCCACUUUUUGUGCACAUGGAGGCUGAGUUUUAUCGCUACGGAGUUAAGAUGGAGUGGCUGAUGAUACACCGCAUCCUCAACCACAGUGUUGACAGAAAGGGGAACGUUCACUACCUGAUCAAGUGGCGAGAUCUGGCCUAUGACCAAUCGACAUGGGAGAGCGAAGACAUGGACAUUCCAGAGUUUGACCUUUACAAGCAGACCUACUGGAAUCACAGAGAGUUGAUGAUCGGUGAUGAGGGCAGACCUGGUAAGAAGUUGAAAAAACCUGUCAAAGUUAAAAAGGCGGAGCGUCCACCUGCUAAUCCAGUGGUGGAUCCUACUAUCAAGUUUGACCGCCAGCCUGACUACCUGGACAGCACUGGUGGGACCCUUCACCCUUACCAGUUGGAAGGCUUGAACUGGCUCAGAUUUUCUUGGGCUCAGGCCACAGACACCAUUCUUGCUGAUGAAAUGGGCUUAGGCAAGACUGUUCAGACUGCAGUCUUCCUCUACUCACUGUACAAGGAGGGCCACUCCAAAGGUCCCUUCCUGGUUAGUGCGCCUCUGUCCACCAUCAUCAACUGGGAGCGAGAGUUUGAGAUGUGGGCCCCAGACAUGUACGUGGUCACGUAUGUCGGCGACAAGGACAGCAGAGCUGUAAUCCGAGAAAACGAGUUUUCCUUCGAAGGGAAUGCCAUCCGAGGUGGAAAAAAGGCAUCCAAAAUGAAGAAAGACUCAACGGUCAAGUUCCAUGUCCUGCUGACUUCUUAUGAGCUCAUUACCAUUGACCAGGCUGUGUUGGGCUCUAUUGAAUGGGCUUGUCUGGUUGUGGAUGAGGCGCACAGGCUGAAGAACAACCAGUCCAAGUUCUUCCGAGUCUUGAACAACUACCCACUGCAACACAAGCUGCUUCUAACCGGCACGCCUCUUCAGAACAACCUGGAGGAGCUCUUCCACUUGCUUAACUUUCUGACUCCAGAGAGAUUCAACAACUUGGAAGGGUUCUUGGAGGAGUUUGCCGACAUAGCCAAAGAGGACCAGAUCAAGAAACUCCAUGACAUGUUGGGACCGCACAUGCUCAGGAGACUGAAGGCGGAUGUUUUUAAACACAUGCCAUCCAAAACUGAACUCAUUGUUAGAGUGGAGCUUAGUCCCAUGCAGAAGAAAUAUUACAAAUUCAUUUUAACACGCAAUUUUGAGGCCUUGAACACUCGCGGAGGCGGAAACCAAGUGUCUCUCCUCAACGUUGUGAUGGAUCUCAAAAAGUGCUGCAAUCAUCCAUACCUCUUUCCUGCUGCUGCGACAGAGGCUCCAAAACUUCCAAACGGCAUGUAUGAGGGCUUGGCUUUGACCAAAGCAUCGGGCAAGCUAAUGCUCCUGCACAAAAUGAUGAAGAAGCUGAAGGAAGGAGGUCACAGAGUGCUGGUUUUCUCCCAAAUGACCAAAAUGCUUGACCUGCUUGAGGAUUUUCUGGAAAACGAGGGCUACAAAUACGAGAGGAUUGAUGGCGGAGUCACAGGAAACAUGCGACAGGAGGCCAUUGACCGCUUUAAUGCUCCUGGGGCUCCCCAGUUUGCUUUCCUCCUCUCCACACGGGCAGGUGGUUUGGGCAUCAAUCUUGCAUCUGCAGACACGGUUAUCAUCUAUGACUCUGACUGGAAUCCUCACAAUGACAUCCAGGCGUUCAGCAGAGCUCAUCGUAUUGGCCAGAACAGGAAGGUCAUGAUCUAUCGCUUUGUGACCAAAGCUUCUGUAGAGGAGAGAAUCACACAGGUUGCCAAGAAAAAGAUGAUGCUAACCCAUUUAGUUGUGCGACCUGGUCUCGGUUCCAAGACUGGUUCCAUGUCUAAACAGGAGCUCGAUGAUAUCCUCAAAUUUGGAACAGAGGAGUUGUUUAAGGAUGAAGUUGGAGAAGGCGACAACAAGGAAGACGACAGCAGCGUGAUCCACUAUGAUGACCAAGCCAUUGACCGUUUGCUGGACCGGAACCAGGACGCCACAGACGACACAGAGAUUCAGAGCAUGAACGAAUACCUCAGCUCCUUCAAAGUCGCUCAGUACGUCGUCAAAGACGAGGACGAUGAGGAGGAGGAAGUGGAGCGUGAAGUGAUCAAACAGGAAGAAAGCGUGGACCCUGAUUACUGGGAGAAGCUGCUUCGUCAUCAUUACGAGCAGCAGCAAGAGGAUCUGGCCCGUAAUCUAGGCAAAGGCAAAAGAACUCGAAAGCCGGUUAACUACAAUGACGGUUCCCAGGAGGACCGAGGUAUAAGACAGGACUGGCAAGAGGACCAAUCCGACAACCAGUCUGAUUACUCGGUGGCGUCGGAGGAGGGCGACGAGGACUUUGAUGAGCGUUCUGAAGCCAACGCCCGCAGACCGAGCCGCAAAGGGUUGCGGAACGACAGGGACAAGCCUCUACCUCCGCUACUAGCUCGUGUUGGCGGGAACAUCGAGGUGUUGGGCUUCAACGCGCGGCAGAGGAAGGCUUUCCUGAAUGCGGUGAUGCGUUACGGAAUGCCUCCCCAGGAUGCGUUCACCAACCAGUGGCUUGUCAGAGACCUUCGGGGGAAGUCGGAGAAGGAAUUCAAGGCUUAUGUGUCUCUCUUCAUGAGACACUUGUGCGAGCCAGGAGCUGACGGAGCAGAGACAUUUGCCGAUGGCGUCCCACGAGAGGGUCUGUCCAGGCAACACGUGCUCACUCGCAUUGGUGUCAUGUCACUCAUCAGGAAAAAGGUACAGGAAUUUGAGCAUGUGAAUGGUCAGUGGUCCAUGCCUUGGAUGGCAGAACUGGAGGAAAACAAAAGGGCAGCAGCUUUGGCUGCGGGUGAAGAUCCCAAGACCCCUUCGAGCGGGACGCCCGCAGAUACACAACCCAAUACGCCUGUGCCAGAGGAUCUUUCAAGAUCAGAAGACAAAGACGACAUUAAAAAGGAUGCAGAGGACACCAAACCAGCCCAGAAGACUGACGAUACUGAAGUUAUUGAAAUCCGAGAUGAGUCCGACAAGUCGCCGCCCUCUGAAAACAAAGAAGACGAUUCCACUGGGAAGGAGGAUGAAGAGAAGGAGACGCGAGGUGGAGACGAAGGGAAUGAACCUGAUGAUCUUAGCAAGGACCGAAAGGAAAAGGGCGACAAGGGCGUAGCUGUUGAGGUCAAAGGUGAAGGGACAGAGGGCAAAGUGGAUGGCGAAGACCGGUCAAAAGCUGAGGAGGCCAAAGAUGAGAAGACUGACACAGACAAAGAGGAAAAAGACAGCGUGAAAUCAGAGGAAUCGACCAGACUUCAAAAUGGGGAAAACGCCAGAGAAAGUGCUCUGUCCAUGUUGAAUGUGAAUGAAGAGAAGAGAAAAGCCAGCAAACAGAGGUUCAUGUUCAACAUAGCGGAUGGAGGGUUCACAGAGCUUCACUCCCUGUGGCAGAAUGAAGAGAGGGCAGCCACGGUCACUAAGAAAACCUUUGAAAUUUGGCACCGUCGCCAUGAUUACUGGCUCCUAGCUGGCAUCAUACACCACGGCUACGCUCGGUGGCAGGACGUACAGAACGACGUCAGAUUCGCCAUCCUCAACGAGCCAUUCAAAGGGGAGAUGAGCAGAGGGAACUUCCUGGAGAUCAAGAACAAGUUCCUUGCACGCAGGUUUAAGUUACUAGAGCAGGCGUUAGUAAUCGAGGAGCAACUACGCCGGGCGGCCUACCUCAACAUGACAGAGGAUCCAGCUCAUCCCUCCAUGGCGCUCAACACGCGGUUCAGUGAGGUGGAGUGUCUGGCCGAGUCCCACCAGCAUCUCAGCAAAGAGUCCAUGUCGGGAAAUAAGCCGGCCAAUGCCGUGCUGCAUAAAGUUCUCAAACAACUAGAGGAACUUCUGAGCGACAUGAAGGCAGAUGUUACGCGCCUCCCAGCGACCAUCGCUAGGAUCCCACCAGUGGCCGUGCGACUUCAAAUGUCGGAGAGGAACAUCCUAAGCAGGCUGGCAAGUCGCGGACCUGAGGUCAGCGCUCAAAAUCAGUCACAAAGCGUGCAGCAAAUGCAGGUUUCACGCUGAAGCGGGGAUUAUUUAUCACAGUUUAGCACCCUCCCUUCUUCCAAACCUCUACUUUCAGUCGCCUUGUACAGCACGGACAGGUUAGUCCUCCUCAGUCCACAUACACACGCACACCACUUGCCUUUGAACCCAAAAGGACAUCAGCUCUGGACACUCAAAUUAUUAAGACUGGAAGAAACAAUAUAGUAUAAGAAGAAUCUCCUCAAAAAUGCCUGAACUGUCCAGUGUCAUGUACAUUCAUGUACACAGAAACGGAAAUCCCAUGUUGCAAUGUUUGGACUAAUGGCGGAGAAUGGAGAACUGGACUGAUUUUCCGGCUCAUUUUUCCCACGUAGGGACUCGUGACAUUUGUUUUUUUUUUCGUUCAAAGUUGUAUUGUUCUCACUUUGUUGUGUUUGUCUGUCUUUAGUAAAUACAGGUGCAUCUCAAUAAAUGGAAAUAUUGUGGAAAGCUUUAUUACAUUUACUAGUUUAAUUCAAAGAGUGAAAUAUUUCAGGAUUUUACUUUUUGUAAUGGGCAUCUCAACAAUUUAAAAUGUUACAAAAUUUCAUUAAAGCGGAAGUUCAGAAUUUUUGACAUUAUGCUUCAUCUUCGAGUUAGCGGGAGUUUAAUUAGUUGGUGGAGUUGAUUUCAACAAAUUCUUUGCACUUUUUCAGUUAUUUGUUAGUUUCAUGGCUCCGGAGUGGCUAAGCUAGCUAGUGUCAAUUGGGCUGACUUAGCAUGCCAAUAAAAAAACGAUACAGAUCUACGAACAGAUCCAACAUAGUCAAACAGAUUAAAAAUGCAGAUCAUUGGUCCGAAACACCCAUGCGGCCAAAAAAUGUCACACUAAACUGCCGUAAUUCAUUUCAUUUUGCAGGACUAUUUUUUUUUUUUUUUUUUUUAAAAUGCGUAAUACGACCACAAUAGAGAGGAGUGCUUCGACCACUUGUGCUCAUGCUGGAUUCAAGGAAGGUGGGAGGUUGGACUUAUGGUUGGACGGAUGGUACCAGUUGCAACCACAAAGCGUUCCAAGCGAAUGUAAACAGUAAAGAUGGCUGAUCGCGACAAGUUGUUUUAUAAUUUGGCCAUGAAAAGACACUUUAACCUCCAGCAAAAGUGGAGGCACUUCAGUGAUAUUUUUUCGGAUGAGAAAUUGGAAACUCUGACUUCCCACAAUCCCCGAAUGCAGCAUCAGUCUGCUGAGUCAACUGACGGCUGGCAACAUGGCCAAAUGGGCAUUUAGAGGCUGUGGAAACAGACAAAAGAAAUGGGCAAAGCAAAGUUUCCACAAAUCUCUAUGAAGAACGAGGAACAAUAUAAAUUGGUUACUUGCUGCUGGCUACGACUUAAAAAAUAAGCUUUGAAAAAAAAAACGAUGUGAUAUCACGCCGCUCUGCUCCUCUUCAGAGCUACUGGAUUACAAAUGUUGCUGUUCAUACUGCAAUUAUUGACAUGCAAUGGUAAGUUUUAUUAACUUUAUCCUGAAAACAUAACCAACACUAUUGAUUCCAUGGGCCAUCAAUGAUUUUUCACGUCUGCAUAUAUUGUUUUUUAUGGCAAGCUAAGUCAGCCCAAUUGAUUCGCACUAGCUUAGCCACUCCGUAGCCCUGAGACUAAGAAAUAACUAACAAAAAACACGGAAUUUGUUGAAAUCAAUUCAACCGACUAAUUAAACCCUCGCUAACUUGAAGAUUAUCCCUGAAAAUUCUGAGCUUCCCCUUUAAGAAUGAUUUUUGAAGGAGAAGUUAGCUAAGAGUUGAUCUUUUAAAAAGUUUUUCAUCGUGUUAAUGAAUUCGCACAAUAAUUUUCACUUUUUGAACUGAACUACUAAAUUAAAUAAAAAAUUCUGUGAUAUAAUUUCACAUAAAUUGUGUACAGUACUGUCUGCAAGAGUCUUAGGUCACCAUUAGCACUGCUUAUUUCGUGAUUAUAUAUUAAAUAGGUACGUUGGCAAAAUUCGAAUAGUAAAAUUCUCUGUAAAAUUACAUAAAACCUAACCUAAUAAGAGAUGAAAUGUCUUCAAAUGGCCGAAUACCAUAUUUUGAUUCAGCUGUAAAUGGUGAAUAUCCAGCCUUAAAAAUGAAAUAAAUAUGCACCGUAUAUAUGAAGACUGACUGGUUUGACAGAUUUUUAACAGUUCCUCGAAAAAGUCAAGUGUGGAUGGUUUUCAAGCAGUUUAUUACUCUCCAGGUCAAGUAAACUGUGAAGCUAAACAGACACAAAGAAAAAAUACACUAAAAUACAAGAUAGUUUUUCGAGUGAUUGCUAGCAUAACGCUAAUAUGUAAUGGUAAACGCCAUUCACUUUAGGAAAGUAAGCGUUGCUUUGAACUGGAUAUUCACAAGCAAAUGCCUUGGGAACAAUUAUUGACAAGAAAUAUAACAAAGCUCUCAGGCAUAUGUUUCUAGUUCACUGCCGAAAAUAAGUUAUAUCAACAAACUAUUGUCUGCAAGAGGCAGAGUAUUUGGUCAUACAUUGCUGCUAAUUUUAUGCUAAUAUAUACUUCAUAUGUGGCUGAAAUGUUGGACUACUCUGGUUUAUCUUUGUUCCAGAACUAACAGUUUUUUAAACAAAUUUAGAAAAAAAAUCUAAAAUUUAUAUAUAUAUAUUGUGAAAAGAAUCGAGAACAGCCGAUAUGAAAAGAGUACCUACUUCCAAACAGUAACUAUAGCACAACAGCUAAAUAUUAGCAAUGACUUGAAAAUAGUUUUGACGCGUUUCGUUAUUGCUAAAUUUCCGCUAAAAAUGUAAUCAUUUGUUCGGCGUGCUUUUGAAAAUGGCUCGAAAGAUCACAAAAGCAACAAAUGGUGACCUAACGCUUUUGUACUCCACAGAUAUACACUGUUUGUACAUGUUAAUGCCAUAUUUGGUGCUCCAUUGCAGGAUUGCCCUGACAUGGCCGUGCCAGUGAGUGCGAUUUUUACCAUCAGACUAUUGUUGUUCCUCUUUGACAUCACUUUACCUGGUGAUCAUUCCUUAAAUCCCCAGAAGUUCCUGUAUUUUGCUCAAAAUUAGGUACGCGAGGAAGUGGCGCUUUUGGGGACAUGUCCGCGAUCUUUAACUUAAUUUCUGUACAUGUAUCAUCACUGUUAAAAUUGUUGUUUUUAUCACAUUUGUUUUUAAUGGACCAUAAUAAAAGGUCAACUGUU